CGCCGGCUCGGCCACGCGAGCGAUCGCCACCUGGCCGAGUGUUACGUGCGUGUACAGCAUCCCAAGCCUUCCCUCAUAACCUUAAAGUUUCGAAACGACCGUUCGUGUAUUCGGGAGUGUUUUUUCACGAUUUGUAACUGUGAACGAAUGAUACAAUGUUUCUGUUAUGUUGCGUGUAACCGUAAAUAGUGCCGUCGGUAAAGUGGCUGCCUCUUCGAUAGAUCUGUCAACUUGACAGCUACGUUGAAAAUUAUUAGGCGCGUCGUACGCGGAACAAGGCGUGCCUUGGCGGGAUCGUGACGAUUUAUCGUCGAGGAAGCAUCGAGGAUUAUAUUAUGCUUGUCCUCGAUUUGUCUAUGUGAACUAUGGGACGAAAGGUGAAAGGUAAACGACCGUCGUUUCGUUUGACGAUGGUCGUGUGACUUGUUUACGUGUUUUUGUUACGUACAGGUGUAUAGUGGAUUUAUAUUUCGAAUUUGUUCGCGAGAGAUCUAUGGUUUUUUGAGGGGGAUAAAGUGUUCGGUUUAUGAGGAUUCGGAUAAAGAGCUAUAUCGUUUGGAAACGGACUAUAUACUGUGCAGGAAGUGGCGAAUAGGCGAUCUCGCGACUGUUUGAGAUGGAAGUGAGUAAUAGCAGAGUAAAGUGACCGCUGUAUUGGUCGUGAUGAUCAUCGUACGGCCAUAAACUGUCGCCUGAGUGAUUCAAUUGCUACCGCAAGCCGACCCAGCAGCAACGAUGCAUCACUAUUAUACGCAAGAAGACAUAGAUCGUGUUGAGUACUUGAUGUCAGGGAAUCCGCGCAACUACCCGGCCCGGUCCCCAGGGGUCGCUUCCACUCCGACCGUAACCAGGCUUCCUCCGCCGCAGCAGCAGGUGACAGUCGGCUCUCUGGGUGGUGGUUUGGGGGCAGCCGCUGGAAAUGGUGGUACAGGGACGGUGGGCGCCCAAGGUCAAGCCAUGGUAAUGCCAGGAUUUCCACUUCGCGCUGCAGCGGUGCCGCAUUAUUCACCGUAUUCGCCGUCACGUUUUCACAUCGACAAACGGUGCCAGCACAGAUGCUCCUGGAAGUGUUUCUCGAUUGCACUGAUCCUCCUCGCUGUUGCGCUCACAGCGAUGCUGGCUUACUUCGCCACAGUGAGCUCGAUGCGGCCGAUAGACAGCACGAAAUGCGUGGUGGUCCAAGACGUGAAGGCUGUCACUCAUGAGAACGCGCACGUUCACGACCCGAUAUCAACGCAAAUACCCACCGAAGAGUCGUUACCGACAAGCACUGCGGAGCACUCGAGUGCGUCGGACAGCGCUGGGGACCAACAGAGCGAUCCUCAGAUUCAGCAAUCAGCCCAGCAAUGGCCGGCGGUGCUCGAGCUCCAGGCGUACAACGUGGCUCACUCGGCCAUGAUCCCGCCUUACCAUUUCUGGAACACUGAGUUCCGGAACAAGCAGCCUGCCUUCAUCCGACUGAAUCUUACUCUGCCCUGGGGCGCGAACUUUGCCGUCUACGGAAGGCGAAAUGUCGCGCCAAGUGUCACGCAGUAUGAUUUUGUGGAAUUUGUGAAAGGUGGUAGAGUGGAUCAUAGAUUGAAAAGAGAUACCAGUUCGGAGGCGGUCAGUUUCAUGAAAACGGCGGCGACAGAGGCUCGAUCUGGUGACAGUCGCUCGUACCAACAUGUGCUGAUCAAGAGAACGAUCGUGGAACCGAUGAUGGUGAACGUUAGCUUGCUUCAGUAUCUGGAUACUGGACGUUGGUUCCUUUCGGUGUAUAACGAUGAGUUGCAGCCAUACAAGGUCACCCUGGUCGUGACCGAAGCCGAGGGUGUAUCGACGACCUGCCCGAACGACUGUUCUGGAAGAGGAUCCUGUUAUCUUGGAAAAUGCGACUGUAUCGAUGGGUAUCAGGGAGCCGAUUGCAGUAAAAGCGUGUGCCCGGUACUGUGCUCGUCUCACGGGCAAUAUGGUGGCGGUAUGUGCCAUUGCGAAGACGGCUGGAAAGGUGCCGAAUGUGAUAUACCAUUAGGAGACUGCCAAGUUCCUGAUUGCAAUCAACACGGACAGUGUGUUAGAGGGUCUUGUGUAUGUAAUCCUGGGUGGAAAGGCGGUUUCUGCGACGAACCUGAUUGUCCUGAUCCGAACUGCAGUGGCCACGGCGCAUGCGUUGCCGGUAAAUGCUAUUGCAAAGCAGGCUGGCAGGGUGAAAGGUGCAACCAGGUCGAUCAGCAGGUGUACCAAUGCCUACCCCGUUGCUCUGACCACGGCACGUACGAUCUCGAAUCCGGAAGCUGCGUCUGCGAGGGACACUGGACCGGUGUCGAUUGUUCACAACCAAGCUGUGGCCUCGAUUGCGGGCCGCACGGAACCUGCGAACAGGGUCUUUGCAAGUGCAACGAUGAUUGGACUGGCACGAAAUGUGAUCAGAAACCGUGCGAUCCACGAUGCGCGGAACACGGCCAGUGCAAGAAUGGAACUUGCGUGUGCAGUCAAGGAUGGAACGGACGACAUUGCACGCUGCCUGGAUGCGAGAAUGGAUGCAGCCGGCACGGACUGUGCACUCUGCAAGAUGGCGAAUACAGUUGCGAGUGUUCAACCGGUUGGGCAGGCAGGGAUUGUAGCAUACGACUGGAAAUGGAAUGUAAUGACUUUAUUGAUAAUGAUCAGGAUGGCAUGAUGGACUGUUCUGACAGCGAGUGUUGCUCGCACGCAGCUUGCGCAGAGCAUAUCAUGUGCCUUACUAGUAAUAAUCCCGUGGACGUCCUUCUGCGUAAACAACCGCCCAGCGUGACCGCGUCCUUUUACCAGCGUGUGAAAUUCCUCGUUGAGGAGAACAGCGUACAAAGCUACGCUCAUAUGAACGAGUACACCGAAAGUACGUUCUGGAGUUCCUUUACACCGCGUCGAGUUGCGGUGAUGCGAGGCCAAGUUGUAACCGAACAAGGAAUUGGAAUAGUAGGCAUCAGGGUAUCCGUGGACAGAGACCCCCGCUUUGGAUUCACAUUAACUAGAGCUGAUGGAUGGUUCGAUGUGUUAGUGAACGGUGGUGGUGCGGUGACGCUUCAAUUUCAACGUAGCCCCUUUAAACCCCUCACGAGGACGGUGUUCGUGCCAUGGAAUCAAAUAGUGGUCCUGCCACCUGUAGUGAUGACUCUCAACGAGGAAGACGAAUCUCCUAAAUCCAACCAACCACCCAGUCCAGCUGUUGGCUUCCCAGGGAUAUCGAUGGGACUAUUUAGCGAGCACGGUCCAUGCUUGGAGCAUGAUCACGAAUUACUGAGGCCAAUCAUCGUCAGUACUUGGAUGCCAGAGAAGGUGGGAGGUCUUCCGGGCAAAAGUUUGGUAUUCGCCGAAAGUCAGAUCGUCCAAGAAAGCAUUGCCAUUCCAGGCUCGAAUUUGCAUUUGAUGUAUCAGAGUAGCCAGGCGGCCGGCUAUUUAUCGACUGUUAGAAUGCAAUUGACUGGACCGUUCAUCCCAAAGUCACUGACACACGUGCACGUGCACGUUGAAAUUGAGGGGUCAUUGCACGCGAAGACCUAUGAAGCAGACCCAAAUUUGACGCACACGUUUGCUUGGAACAAGAGGAACGUUUACAAACAGAAGGUGUACGGUGUGGCACAGGCAAGGAUCUCAAUAGGCUAUCAACACUCCACUUGUCCAGCGGUGAUUUGGGAAACGCAGACAGCCAUGUUGCAAGGUUUCGACGUCGAUAUUUCGGAUAUUGGAGGCUGGGGAUUGGACAUUCACCAUCACUACAACUUCCACGAAGGAAUACUUCAGAAAGGAGAUGGUACCACUUUGCAUUUCAAGCAGUAUCCUCGCACGGUAAAAGUGGUGAUGGGCACUGGACUGCAAAGAAGCUUGGUGUGUCAAGAUUGCGAUGGUUUGGCUAAAGACGUUAGGUUAUUAACACCAGUGGCGCUCACUAGUGGCCCAGAUGGAAGCAUCUAUGUUGGCGAUUUCAAUCUGGUACGCAGGAUUACACCUGAAGGGGAAGUAUACACUGUUUUGACACUAAGUGCAACUCAAGUGGCUUAUGCUUAUUAUCUCUGCGUUUCCCCUGCGGAUGGCCAUUUAUACAUCAGUGAUCCUGAAAAACAUCAAAUAUUGAGAGCUUUGUCUCUAAAAGAUGUGGAACAUCCCAGUAUCAACAUCGAGCCUAUAGUUGGAAGUGGAGAAAGAUGUAUUCCUGGUGACGAAAGUCAUUGUGGCGAUGAAGGACCAGCUAUUCGCGCCAAAUUGGCUCAUCCAAAAGGAAUCGCCAUUGCCGCCGAUAAGACUAUGUACAUCGCCGAUGGAAGAAAUAUACGCGCUGUAGAUCCUCAUGGAAUUAUUCACACAUUAGUUGGACACCACGGACACCACAAUCACUGGUCCCCAGCUCCAUGCGUCGGUGCUAUACCUGCUCAUCAAGCCCAAUUACAAUGGCCAACUGGAUUGACCUUAAGCCCUCUGGAUGGAUCUCUUCAUUUCAUCGAUGACAGGCUCGUUUUGAAACUUACAAGCGAUUUAAAAGUUCGCGUAGUAGCUGGAACGCCGCUCCAUUGCACCAGUAACACCAAUAGCAAUGGAAACAGCAACGACAAUGAUCUAAAAAAAGUAAAUUCGACGACAACCACGAGUCAAAAGAAGUCUGAUGAAGUACUCGGUUCUGUACUUGCCGUUAGUUUCAGUCCAACUGGUGAACUGUACAUAGCAGAAAGCGAUUCACACAGAGUGAAUUCUAUCAAAAUUGUAGAUAGCUCUGGGAAAAUGUCUCAUUUUGCUGGACAGCAACAAGAAAGAUUGCGUGGUCAGUGUGAAUGUAAUAAUACUACUCCAAGCAGUAAAGAUCUGGAAAGUUGCGCAUGCACUGAUGACACCAGUAGUACAGAAACUUUGUUGUCAUCGAAUGCCAAAUUCACAGCCAUUUCUGCUCUGGCUGUGUCACCAGAUGGCGUCCUUCACGUGGCUGAUCAAGGUAGUCUGCACAUUUUAGCUCUGCAACCCUAUCUUCCAAAUCAUGAUGAAAGUGGGGAAUUCCAUAUUCCUUUCCCACCAUCGAACGAGGUAUACGUAUUCAAUCGUUACGGUCAACACAUCUCCACGAAGGAUUUAACAUCUGGCAAGACUCGUUAUUCGUUCUUGUAUAGCAAAAACACAAGCUUUGGAAAAUUAUCAACCGUGACGGAUAGUGCUGGAAAUAAGAUUCAAUUCUUGAGGGAUUACAGCAGUGUGGUCAGUUCUAUAGAGAAUACACAAGAUCAUAAAUCUGAAUUAAAGAUUUCCGCAGUUGGCUUCUUGGAAAAACUCUCUGAACGAGGAAGAGCUGAAAUUGCACUUGCCUAUGAUGGUUCAACUGGAUUACUGACAAGCAGAUCAGGGGGUGGUGAAACGUACAUCUACAAUUAUGAUAACUUGGGUCGUGUUACUGAUGUCAUUCUACCUACUGGUGAAAAAUUGAAGCUAUUCUCUGAUCUAUCCGACGACGAAGGUCUACUGGUCAAAGUGUCAGCCCCUCUUCAAGCUUUGUCAAAGGGAGACAAGCAGAGGAUCGUAGAAUUUAAAAUGAAAAAUGAGAGAUCAAAGAUGUUAACGAUUAUCGAUGGCACCAAAAUCAAGAGAGCGAUCGCUUUCACUAAUAGCAGUUUAGAGGUUCUCCUUCCAGGUGGUGGUAGAGUGCUAAGCGCAGCUACUACAAAACAUCCUCUUCUAGAGGCUGCAUUACCAGUCGAGGCUGAAAUGUUGCCAAUGUGGAGUUAUCAGUUGAUGUCUCUUGGUGAAUUAACCAACACUAUGACAACCACGUACAACCUAGUCGGCGAUGUUAGCCACUUUCAACAGACAUUAAACAGAGAGAUUUGGGUGAACGAUACACGCGUUAUUGGGGUAGAAUUCGAACAAGCUUUCAGGCGAGAAACUUUCUACGAUAAAGCUAGAAAUCCACUGCUCACUGUUACCUUCGAUCCUGCUGGCUUACCCCUGACUUGGCAACCGCAUGAACAAGGUUACAAUCUCACAAUCACGUAUGAUAGAUUCAAUCGAAUAGAAAGUUGGAAGUGGGGCCCAUCCGAUGAAUCUUACGGAUACGAUCGCCAUGGACAAUUAUCAGAGGUCACUAGUAGUCAGGAUGGAACUAAACGAUAUACCUACAAUGAUUUCAAUGUGUUAUCCAACAUUACUCUGGCCAGCGACAGACAUUUCACUUUACAAUAUGACGAUGAUGGUGGACUACGUCACAUCAUCCUCCCAUCAGGAACUAAACACUCGUUCUCGUGUCAAACUUCUCUAGGUUUUCUCAGAGUGACCUACACUCCACCGGGCAGCAGCAGAGCCUACCUCCAACACUACAGUCACGACGGAAACUUGUUACAAACUGUGUUCCCUGGUGACGGAGCUCGUAUCGUGUACAGGUACCACACUUCAGGACAACUUGCUGAAGUCGUUCACGGUGAUGGAAAGAGUGAAAUUAGAUAUACAGAAAGCGGUUUGCCUUCGGAAGUGAUUCAUUCUGAAAAAGACGUAGAGUACAAAUGGGAUUAUCAAUAUAGCGCCGGUCUAUUGGUGGAAGAACGCAUAGAUUUCGGUGCAAAGACUGGACUUAGCAAUGCAAAGUUUACGUUCGACUAUGAUUCAAACUUCAGAUUGGUAAAUGUUCAAGGUAGAAUCGGUGGUCAGACUCUUCCAACUCACACUAUAGCAUACAGUCCCAAAACAGGUAUGCUGGAACAAAUUGGACAAUUCAAAGUAACUAGACCUCAGCCCAACGAGACCACCGUGUUCGAUGGAACUGCACUGUUCUCGAGAAUUACGGAUGACAGAUUUUUAGAGACACAAGUGACAUUGACAAUUCAUCAAUUAGAGGUUUUCAGAAUGGAAUUUACACAUGAUACUCGUGGUCGUAUUAAUCAGACUAGGACUUAUACACGCAACGUUGCUGUCAAUACUUAUACCAACGUGAAAAAUUACACCUGGGAUUGUGACGGCCAAUUGACCGGGGUCGAAGCUCAAGAGCCAUGGGGAUUUAAAUACGAUGCGAAUGGGAACAUGUUGUCAUUGACGUAUCGUGGGAACACUAUACCUAUGGAAUACAACAGUAUGGAUAGGAUUGUGAAAUUCGGUGAAGGAUUGUAUAAAUAUGACAACAGAGGUUUGGUGGUGCAAAAUGCUAGAGAAGAAAGAUUUAACUAUAAUGCUAAAGGGCUUUUGGUUCGUGCUACCAAACGUGGACGCUUUGAUGUUCGUUAUUAUUACGAUCAUCUGGAUCGUUUGGCUACGAGAAAGGAUAAUUAUGGAAACGUCACUCAGUUCUUUUAUAACAACCAAAAACGUCCUCACGAAGUAAGUCAAAUUUACAGUCCAAGGGAUGGAAAAUUAAUGUCGUUAGUGUACGACGAUAGAGGACAUUUGAUUUAUGCUCAAGUUUAUCGGCACAAAUAUUAUAUCGCCACUGAUCAGUGUGGAACUCCAAUCAUGAUUUUCAGCCAAUAUGGCGAAGGUAUCAGAGAAAUUAUGAGAUCGCCUUAUGGACAUAUUGUUUACGACUCGAAUCCUUAUUUAUAUCUGCCUGUUGAUUUUUGCGGAGGUUUGCUAGAUCAGGUAACGUCAUUAGUGCAUAUGCCAAACGGUAAAGUUUAUGAUCCACUGAUAGGUCAAUGGAUGUCUCCCUUGUGGGAAAAUGUUCUCGAUAGAGUAGACACACCAACACAUCUGCAUUUAUAUAGAUUCAAUGGGAAUGAUCCUAUUGAUGUUAGGCACACGGACCGACCAAAUCAACCAACUGAUCACAUAUCAUGGAUGUCGCUUCUUGGAUACGAUUUGAAGACUCUCGCACCUCAACUUUUCCCCGACGAACUGCCAGAUAGCCUCGUCCCUCCAGCUUUGAGUCCAGGCACUUCCAUAUUUGGAAAGAAGAAAAGAACCAGGAACCUCGGUGUUCAAUCGGGAUUUCUAGCCUAUAUCGCACAAAGGCAUUCCGGAGAUGCCGUCAGUUUGUCAGCACCGCCUCGUUCAGCCCUUAAAAAGGACACCAGCGACUUGAUACCCAGCCGUUUGGGUGCAGCCUCGGAUCCUCCAUUUGGAAAAGGAAUUUUAGUAUCGAGGACUGCGGAUGGUCAAGCAGUAGUGUCCAGCGUGCCAACCGCGAACGCCAUCUAUGGCGAUGUGUUCACAUCGGUAUUUAACCGUUCGUACUUUCUACCUUUCACGUUUGUGGUGCACAGUGCGCAACAGGACGCAUUUUAUUUCGUGAAGGAAGAAACGUGGCGAGCUAGUGAAGAUCGUGGUCAGUUGAAACGUUUAGGUGGCCAAGUCAAUACAACAUUUCACGAAAACGAAAACGGAAGUGGAAGUAGUUCAUUGAUAGACGUGAAGAUCCACGGCUCCAGUUAUAUUGUGAAUUUGCGUUACGGCACGACUGCCGAGAAAGAGAAACAAAGACUGCUCCAUCACGCCAAGGCGACAGCUAUUCGCAAAGCCUGGCACAGGGAACGUGAGGCGCUAAAAGCCAACACGCCAACGGCUAUCGAAUGGAUGGUGGCCGAGCAAGACGAGAUUCUGAAAUCUGGAUCCGCGUCGAAUUACGAGGGUGAAUACAUCCACGAUGCACAGUUGUAUCCAGAACUCGCGGAAGACCCGUACAACAUCCGAUUUACAAAGAAGGCUGUGGAUCCGUCUAGCAAAAAACGGCGUAGGAGGAGAGGUGCCCCCACUUGUAAACUUUGGUGGUUGGACAAAAUCUGCUAAUCUCAUUAGGUUACCGUUCUAAACCAGGGAGUCCUCCUCUCCCUAAUACAUUCUGUUCUGCCGGGAGAAUUGUCCAAUCGUUGAAGGAAUUUCCAAACGAACGACUGAACGAAUAAGAAGAGGUUGGAAAAAAAAAAGAAAGAAAGAAAGAAAUAAGAUUGAGCCGCAGCAAGUCGGCAGUCCUUCGUAUGGAACACUACCGAACACUAUCAAAAGAAACAAAAAAAAAAAAAAAAAAAAGUUUUAUACCAAAGUCUAUUUGUGUAUUUCGAAGAUGCCAAAAACAUUUAACGUUAUAUCGAUUAUAUAUUGUAUCGCGAUUUAGGGUGUAGUGUGUAAGCAUCUCGGAGAAAAUUUUUGCCUCCGGCGCACGACCGUAUUGCCAUAACUCGCGACUCUUGCGGACUGAUAUAGUAUAUUAUCAUCGUCGGCCAUAUUAGGGAAAUUCGUUAUUAAUUCGUUAGGAAGCCUUUCGUUCUUGCAACGGAGUUAGAAAGAAAACGACGGAAGAGGUCGUCACCAUUUCGUUGUUUCCUUCUUCGCGAGAUAAGAAAGACUUCCUUAACGAAGACGAUCGUGGAAUCGCGAAUAUUAUGCGCGUUCACUAUCGUUAACUCGAAACGAAUCACUACGAAUCGUUGGAUGAGAGAAAAAUGACGAAAAACGAAGGCAGAAAGCAGAAGGCCAUUCGUCGUUCGAGCGAAUCGAGUGAGAGAAACUAGUCAAUAUAUAGCUUUACAUUGACAUAUAAACUUUUUCCAAUAAGAUAAGCAUACGAAGCGCGAUCGUCGAUUUAUCACGCGAAGAAAUAAACUUUGCGUAUCCAUCUAUCUGUCUACACACGCGAUACCUUAGUUGGUACUUAGGUAAUGAAAAAAAAAAUAAAAUAAAAUAAAAUAGAAAAAAUUAACGAAAAAGACGAUUCUGUCGAGAUAAGAUACAUACGACGAACAUAACCUAUGUACGGAUCGCAAAAUAAAAGUGGAAGGAACAUGCGCACGUGUAUUCUCGACAAUGAAUGGCCCUGUAAAAUGCUGAGGAAAAUCAAGUAAAAGAAGUCCGUCGCUAUGCAUAACGAUUGAUCAGCGUCCAAAGUGUCGAUGAAACAUUGCAAGAACGCGAGAUAAUGGCGAAGUAAGUGGUUCGAUCGAGACAGGUGAUUAACGUAACGCACGUUUCGAAUCGAUAUUCCGAAUUUAGAUGGUCGAUGGGGCAAAAAAAAAAGAAAAAAAAGAAAAAGGAGAAAAUGGCGAUGUGUUUAAGGUGUAUUAUAAAAGUGGUGCUUUUCCAUGCAAAGAAAGAAAUUAAAUCGGUGCAACAAUUCGACAAUGAGCGUGACUAAUUAAAAGAAUGUCGAUGUACACGACACACGAUUCACACACACACGUACACUGCAUAGCGUGGCUAAGGUAUUUUUAACGAUGGAUGUAUCCUACCCACUUCCCCUACUUAGCGCUAGCGACCAUUUCCUCGAGAAUUGAUGUCGCGUCGCGUAUGAUUUGUUGUUCAAAAGGGAGAGAGAGAGAGAGAGAGAGAAAGAGAGAAAGAGAGAGAGAGAAAGAGAGAGAGAGAAUUAUCAUCGUGAACGAAUGAUCAAUAAAAAUACAAUAAAAUAAAGAUCUAUCGUCGUUUCGUUUUCUGCAAUUAGAAUGAAUUGAGCAGAAGGAAAUGUCGGGAGUUCCAAUUAAUAUCAGUCUGUUUAAAUUAUAAUUGAAAAUGAAAGAAAGUGUGAAAAUGUGGAAAAUGUGUGUGGGAGAGAAAGAGAAAGUGAGAUAGACAGAGGAUAAACUCCAUUAUCGGUAAUAAUACGUAUACAUGAGAUAUUAUUGCAUAUUUGUGCUUGCUGGAUACGAAUAAUGGAACGUUAACUAUGUUUCUUCGCCGAGUACUAAGUGUGUAUAUCUAAAUUUAAUGCUCGACAGCAUCGAUCGAUUUUAUGUUGUAUACUGAACGCCAUAUAGGUACAUCUAUGUAAAAAUAUUAUUUAGCACCAAUUUCCGCUAAAAUCCUUACCUUUAAAACAAUUGCCCUUGAUUAGCAACUUACUGCCUGCUCCACAUGUAUAGCGUCCGAAUUUAUCUGAGCCCCGCCCUUUUUAUCCCCACUCCGUCCUUUCUUAAGUCACGUGUCACGAUUCUUUGUUCCGUUCCAACUGUAUCUAAAUCUUUUCCGCAGUUCUUUUUCUCGAUCUCUUCGAUCUUGCAAUUUGUCCCAGUUUCUUUGAACAUUUAUCAUCAAAUAUUUUAUGGAUAUGGCUUUAGACGGCGCCGUUCUUAAAAUGGAUAUAGAUAGGACAUUAUCGUCUGAAUAAAUGAGAAAACGAUUAAAAAAAACAUUUUAAAAAAAAAAUUUCCUUACACGCUGAAUGUAUAAACAAAGACAAAAAAAAAAAAAAUACAAAAUAUAUAAAUAUAUAAAACAAAGAGAAAGAGAAAAAAGAAAAAAGAGAUUAUAUAGGAAAGCUUCGUAACAUAUUUUUGACUCGAGCAAGUAUUUAGAGCUGCAUUGAAACACCAAAAAUUCUUCAAACUCUGUGGUCCAAACGAGCUCUCGUGUCUUAAUGAGAUUAAAAUUGAAUAUCUUCUUUCAAUUUUCUUUUUUUUUUUUUCUAUGCGUGUAAUUUUUUAAAUAUGUUAAAAAAAAUAUUUUUGCGCGUUCGAUAUUGUACAUAACCUAUAAUUACCGUUUUUUAUAUCUUCCUUCAAUUUUCCUCCGACCAUAUAGCGGAAGGAUCAAUUAUAUUCACACGAUAAUGGACCCUGAGAUAAUUGGUGAUCGAACUACAGCUUGUAUUUUGUGGAUUUUUAAAAAUUCCACACUUGAUCCUUGUCCCUACCCUUCCGAUUCCCUCCACCCCAAUUCAUUCGUAUAAUCUAUAUAUACCGUGUAUAAUCGUUGAAUCGGCAAUGGCGUUCAAAAAAUUAACUAUUUUUCAAAAUGACUGAAGAAGUAGAAGUAUCGAGUGUCAAAUUAUUAAAACGGAUUAGGUCGACGCAAGUUGAUCGGCGUUUCAAAAGGCGGAUUCAACGUGCAGGGUCGCGAGAACUCAAUUAAAAAACUGUUCGAGUAUCUGAAAUUAGUAUCAAAAAA